AUGUACAAACGUCUCCGUCCCUUCUUCAAGAUCACGCUGCCAGUCCUCGCCAUGAAGAACGUCACCUCCAUACCAUGGACGGAAUACCACUUCCACGGCUGGAUGUCUGAAGAGUAUACACACAUCACGGAACGCUGGACAUCACGCACACAAACCAUCAGUUCCUGGACAUUCUUCCACCAGUUCAGGAAAGAAAUACUGCGUGAGUUCACCUUUCACGACACGCUGCGUGAAAGUGCCUGGAGAACCUUGUCCUACCUGGCCAACCGCAGCGGUCAACCAUCGUCGUCGCGUCUGGUAUUUGUUGGUGUCCACGUUCGCCGUGGAGACUACGUUUACGGGAUUCAACGCCCUCAAUACCAAGGAGUGCUGGCGGACAAGGCUUACUUCCGUACGGCCAUGAGUUAUUUUAGUGCGAAAUACAGGCAUAUCUUGUUCGUGGUCUGCAGUGAUGGCAUCGCAUGGUGUAUGAGCAGCAUCGACUCGUCUAUGGGCGACGUGUUCUUCGUCACGAGACGCGUUUCCCCAGCUAUGGACUUGGCACUCCUCGCUCAGUGCAAUCAUACCAUCAUGACUAUAGGAACGUUUGGAUUCUGGGCUGGAUAUUUAGCCGGAGAGAGCGAGGGUCCGCGCAAUAUAGGAUUCAAGACAUACCACUGGACAAAGAAGAGGCUCCUGUUGGAGAUGCUUGAACAUAGACUGAUGGCCGGUCACCUGAGGCUCUAG